AUGUACGACUUCACAGAACUUGGUGAAAGGGAUGAUAAUUUUUUGAAUGGCGAACCACCUCAUCAGGUUCACGCUGACAGCGAGCGUGAAUGGAGUAGGCUGUCUGAGCAUUUCGUAAACGCUGGUUAUCGUGAAGGGAUUACAGCAGGAAAGGAAGGCGCGUUACAAUCGGGUUUUGACGGUGGAUUUAAAGACACUGGGGCACCUAUCGGACGGGAACUUGGGAAUCUACGUGGUAUUGCAGCCGGACUACUGUCACUAAUGGAGUCAAGUCGACUACCUGAAACGAAACUAGGAAAUGCUGCAGAAUUGCUCGUGGAGGUCCGCGCCAUCUCGAAGGGCUUAGCACGCCUCCAGUUUGCAAACCUUGCGCCGCCUGACGAGGAGGCCCUGGCUCAUGCUCGGGAACAUGCAGAGGCCAACGACGAAGGCUCACAGAUCCCGGAGGACUUGACACCGGCAUGGAGGGAUGACUUACCUGAGCUAUCAUUACUGCGACAAAGACUGCGAAAGGCUUUACAGGCACUGGACCUCGACGACUUACUUGAUUAGAUUAGAAUUCCAUGCCGCCCCUGAUGCAUUUAAAAAUAUCUGGAUAAUAUUAGAAUAAAACAAAGCAAAUUGUAACAAUACACCCCCAACCCCCCUGUAGAUGCAUCAGCAGCUGUGUUUCCU